GCUCCGAAUCCCGCGGGGAGCCGCCCCCCUCGCUUGCCGCCCCUUGCACGCUGGAGGGGGCCCCCUUCCUGGAUAGACCGAAGAAUUCUACGUAGACCUUAUUUUGGCUGAAACAUUUUCUUCCAGUCUGAAGGCUUCAUUCACCAUCAGCUAAAGAUGAAGAUAGUCCUCAUGGUAGCCGAGAAGCCCUCUCUUGCUCAAUCCAUCGCCAAAAUUCUUUCGAGAGGGAACAUGUCCUCCCGCAAAGGGUUAAAUGGGGCAUGCUCUGUGCAUGAAUUCACUGGUCCUUUCAUUGGACAAAAUGUCCACUUCAAGAUGACGUCAGUGUGUGGUCAUGUGAUGACACUGGAUUUUAUAGGAAAAUACAACAAUUGGGAUAAAGUUGACCCGGCAGAACUUUUUAGUAAAGCUCCAACUGAAAAGAAAGAAGCAAAUCCGAAACUAAACAUGGUGAAAUUCUUACAGGUGGAAGGGAGAGGUUGUGAUUACAUUGUUCUGUGGCUGGAUUGCGACAAGGAAGGUGAAAACAUCUGCUUUGAGGUAUUAGAUGCAACCUUCCCUGUGAUGAAUAAACCUCGUGGUAGCGAAAAGAUGGUCUACAGAGCCAAGUUCAGUUCCAUCACGGACACAGAUAUUUGCAAUGCCAUGAACCAGUUGGGUGAACCCAACCAUAAUGAAGCUCUAUCAGUCGAUGCACGUCAAGAGCUGGAUUUGAGAAUUGGCUGUGCAUUUACAAGAUUUCAGACAAAAUACUUCCAGGGGAAGUACGGCAACUUAGACAGCUCGCUGAUCUCCUUUGGGCCUUGUCAAACUCCCACACUGGGAUUUUGUGUGGAGCGCCAUGAUAAAAUCCAGUCGUUUAAACCCGAAACAUACUGGGUGUUGCAAGUCAAGGUUGUCCCCGAAAAAGACAGUUGUUUGACGCUGGAGUGGGACAGAGUGAGGAUCUUUGACCGAGAAAUUGCUCAGAUGUUUCUGAAUAUAACAAAAAUGGCAAAAGAAGCAAAGGUGGAAUCUGUGAGUAAAAAGGAGAAAGUUAAACAACGGCCUCUUGCUCUUAAUACCGUGGAAAUGUUGCGGGUCGCUAGUGCUGCUUUGGGAAUGGGACCUCAGCAUGCCAUGCAGAUAGCUGAACGGCUUUAUACCCAGGGUUAUAUUAGCUACCCUCGAACAGAAACGACCCAUUAUCCUGAAAACUUUGAUUUGAAAGGCUCUUUGCGUCAACAAGCUAAUAAUCCGUAUUGGGCUGAAACAGUCAAAACUUUAUUAUUGGAAGGUAUUAACAGACCAAGGAAAGGCCACGAUGCUGGAGAUCAUCCCCCGAUCACGCCAAUGAGAGCUGCCUCCGAAGCAGAACUAGGGGGUGACGGAUGGAGGCUAUAUGAAUACAUUACAAGGCAUUUCAUCGCCACUAUCAGUGCGGACUGCAGAUACCUCCAAACUACCAUCGCGUGCAGCGUCGCGUCGGAACGUUUCACCUGCAUAGGAAAGACUGUUCUUUCUCCAGGGUUUACCGAGAUUAUGCCUUGGCAAAAUAUUCCGGCAGAAGAGAGCCUCCCCAGUUGUGACAGCGGGGACCUCUUCCCUGUGAGUGAAGUGAAGCUCUUGGAGAAGCAAACCAGCCCCCCCGAUUACUUGACAGAAGCUGAGCUUAUCACUCUGAUGGAGAAACAUGGGAUAGGAACGGACGCCAGCAUUCCUGUCCACAUCAACAACAUUUGCCAACGCAACUAUGUCACUGUGGAAGGGGGCCGCAGAUUGAAACCUACCAACCUGGGCAUUGUUUUGGUGCAUGGCUACUACAAAAUAGAUGCUGAGCUUGUGCUCCCCACGAUCCGCAGCGCAGUGGAGAAGCAACUGAACCUCAUUGCUCAAGGGAAAGCAAAUUAUCAUCAGGUGCUGGAGCACACCUUAGAUAUCUUUAAAAGGAAGUUCCACUACUUUGUGGAUUCAAUCGCUGGUAUGGAUGAAUUAAUGGAAGUGUCUUUUUCACCGCUGGCUGCCACAGGAAAGCCUCUCUCCCGAUGUGGCAAAUGCCAUCGUUUUAUGAAAUAUAUCCAGGCCAAACCGAGUCGUCUUCACUGCUCGCACUGUGACGAGACCUACAGCCUUCCCCAGAACGGGACGAUCAAACUCUACAAAGAGUUGCGAUGCCCCCUGGACGAUUUUGAAUUGGUGCUGUGGUCUUCGGGGUCGAGGGGGAAGAGUUACCCCCUGUGCCCUUAUUGUUACAAUAAUCCCCCUUUUAGGGACAUGAAGAAAGGAAUGGGUUGCAACGAAUGUACCCACCCCACGUGCCAACAUUCGCUGAACCUGCUCGGAAUUGGCCAGUGCGUGGAAUGCGAAAGCGGCGUGCUGGUGCUCGACCCCACCUCCGGGCCCAAGUGGAAGAUGGCAUGCAACAAAUGCAACGUGGUCGUGCAUUUCUUCGAAAACGCCCACAAGGUGCGCGUGUCGGCCGAGACCUGCGAAUCCUGCGACGCCGCGCUGGUGGACGUGGAUUUUAAUAAAGCGAAGUCGCCUCUCCCCGGCGGCGAGACCCAGCACUCGGGCUGCGUGUUCUGCGACCCCGUCUUCCAGGACCUGGUUGAAUUGAAGCACGCGGCCAUGAAACACCCCAUGCACCGCGGCGGACAGGGGAAAAGGCAGGGCCGAGGAAGAGGCAAGGGACGACGGCUGGGGGGGAGGCAGCCCCCUAAGAAGCCGAAAGACAAGAUGGCGGCCCUAGCGGCUUACUUUGUAUGAUCGCCUUUGUGCAGAAAGUGUUUCAUAAUAAAAUCCCAGAGGAAGCCUC